GAGAAAGUUUAAUUAUUCGUUAAACCCCCUUCCGCUACUCGCGAAUGGGAGUUAGAGACUAACCACUCCAAAAGCGGGAGAGAGAACAACUGUGAACAGUAUUGAUUUUGAGGUCCGAUCAAAUCAAAUCUGGCCGUUGAUAUUUCUUUCAUCCAAUCUCCGCCCGCCGUCUUCGAUUCAGUCUCGUCUCAACGGCGAUGGAUCUCCGGUAAGCUCCGCCGUCCGGUUUCCCUGCAUCGCGGUCUCCGCUAGCCAGCCAGUGUCAUUAUCAGGUGGCCUCUGCAAUGUAGCAAAUUGGCAAAGUGGGUGACUUCUUCGUUAUAGCUUUUCCAGUGUGAAAAUCAGUUGUCUUCUACUAGUCUGAUUAUGAUUGUCUACAUUACAAACAUUUUCCUUCAAUUAGUGCCGGCAUUCGAGUUUGGCGUCUGCGUGAGAGAGAAGCUCUCUGCUGCUGCUGCCUCUGCUGCCGGCGUUGGAACUUGCCACUUCUCUGCUUCCUUUCAUGUCUCCUGAAUUGGGUAAACCUGUACAUAACCAGAUGGCAGUUGCAACCUUCAAAGGACCUCUUAAUGGUGAGUACCAUGGGAAAAAGACAUUGGAAAGAAAAAAUUCUGGCAAGAGACGUGUGUUUGUGCAGACUGAAAGUGGUUCUGUUUUGGGCAUAGAGCUAGAUAGGGGUGACAAUGUCCACACAGUGAAGAGGAAAUUACGGCUUGCACUUAAUGUCCCAACUGAUGAGAGUUCAUUGGUAUGUGGUGACAUGGUGUUGAAGAAUGAUCUCAGCAUUGUUCGAAAUGAUUCUCCGCUUCUUCUCACCCGGAACUUCUUGCACAGAAGCUCGUCUACCCCCUGUCUCUCGCCAACUGGGAAGGAUCUUCAGCAGAGGGAUCAAAGUGGUCCAAUUGAGGUACUGGGGUACUCGGAUCAAUUUGCCAGAACAAAACAAUUAGUUGUGGAUAUUGUGAAGGCAAUAAAAAAUGGCAUUGAUCCAGUUCCUGUUCACGGUGGGCUUGGAGGUGCAUAUUACUUUAGAAAUUGCAGUGGUGAAAAUAUUGCCAUUGUGAAACCGACGGAUGAGGAACCUUAUGCUCCAAACAACCCAAAAGGUUUUGUUGGGAAAGCACUUGGACAACCAGGUCUCAAACGUUCAGUACGGGUUGGGGAGACAGGUUUCAGAGAAGUUGCAGGUUUCCUACUUGAUUACAAUAAUUUUGCUAAUGUGCCUGACACUGCUCUUGUGAAGAUCACACAUUCAGUUUUUAAUGUGAAUGAUGGAGUGAAGGGUAAUGUGCAUCGAAACGGAAAGCAAGCAAGUAAGAUUGCAUCACUGCAGCAAUUCAUUCCUCAUGAUUUUGAUGCCAGUGAUCAUGGGACUUCCAGCUUCCCUGUUGCUGCUGUGCAUAGAAUAGGGAUUCUAGAUAUUCGGAUUCUUAACACAGACAGGCAUGCAGGGAACCUUCUGGUUAGGAAGCUUGAUGGUGGUGGGAGGUUUGGUCAGGUAGAGCUUGUACCCAUUGAUCAUGGCCUUUGUCUACCUGAAAGCUUAGAGGAUCCAUACUUUGAGUGGAUACACUGGCCUCAGGCAUCAAUUCCUUUCUCAGAUGAUGAGCUUGCAUAUAUAAAUAAACUUGACCCUUUUAAGGACUCUGAUAUGCUCAGAAUGGAGCUGCCCAUGAUUCGAGAGGCAUGCCUCCGAGUCUUGGUUCUUUGCACUAUUUUUCUCAAGGAAGCUGCAGCCUUUGGCCUCUGUCUUUCUGAGAUUGGUGAGAUGAUGAGUAGGGAAUAUCGGGGCCAUGAGGAGGAGCCAAGUGAACUCGAGAUAAUAUGCAUUGAAGCAAAGACACUGUUGGAUGAGGAAAUAUCUUAUUUUGAGCCAAAAGCUGGCAGGGAGGAGUUUCAGUUUGAGCUAGACUGUGGGGAGGAGGAGCUGGAUUUGGCUCCAACUACAGAAGAGAAAAUGAAAACUGAAAGGAUUUUCCGUUUUGGAUCAAAAGGUGGAAAUGGAAGAUAUUUACUAUCCAAACUAGAGGAGAGUGUGGAGGAGGGCAUGGACGGGCACGAGGGAAAUGAGUUACCUCCAAGGUCGGAUGACUGUGUUAUUGUAGUGCAGGAUCGGAUUCCAAAUGUUUCAAAGCUGUCAACAUCAUUGAAAAACAUCAGCAUUGGUGAGAAGAGUUGGCGACACCUAGGCUCAAUGCAAAAGAACGGCUAUUUGGCUGGCACAUCCUCAGGAAAUAGGAGCGUGAAUGAGCAGAGGCCCAUGAGCAGUAAUUUCGUGAUGUUGGCAGAUAUGAAUGAAGAGGAAUGGAUGAGGUUUCUUGAGAAUUUCCAGAGAUUGCUGCGCCCUGCUUUUGCAAAUCGCAAAGCAGGGAAUGUGGGUCAGAGGCAGAGACAGAGGUUGGGGACUUCAUGCCAGUUUUGAGGGAAUAUUGUUAGAUAAAUAAAUUGGAGUUAUUAGAGUACUUGUUGUAGGGUUUGAUACCUGGGUCGGGGUGUUAUUUGUUUUUUUUCACUCCUUUCACAAGUUUAUUUGUGGGACUGCUGGCGUCCUGAGUCUUACCCUUGGGAGUCGGCCAAUGGAGGCGAGAACCGUAUGUUUCAAUUCCCUAGUCUUUUUUGUCUUCCACGUUGUGUCGACUGUGUAGAGAGAGUGAAUAAAUCUGCCAUACCAAAUGGCAGAAGGAACAGCGUUUUGUAUAUAUAAACUAUCUGAUGAGGUUGAAGAUGCAA